AUGUCUUCAUAUCUUUUGCGAACACGAGGAAUAUUUACAAUUCCUCGUUUUCUUCCCACGUUAAUAUCACGUGCUCAAGCCAGUCAAAACACUUCAGUACCACUAACACCUGGCCAAGGUGUACCAAUAUCAGGUAGUACAAAAACAGUUUCACAGACAGGUGGAACAAAAAAAGGUGAUUCAUCAGUUUUACCAUCAAGUGCUACUGCGUCUGAUAAAACAAAUCCAACAAAAACAAGUUCUGAUGCACCACCAUUAGAUCAUGAACAUAUAGAUCCAGUUGAUAAACCAAGUGAUAAACAACGUCGAGAUACUUCUACUAGUAGUAACAAAUCGCCAUCGUCAAGCAAUCCAAAUAAACAAUCAUUUAUAAGUUCACGAGUUGGCCAAUUCGGUGCAAUUGCUGUUCUUGCUAUUGUUAUUUAUUAUGGAUAUAAUAUGAUGAGUCGUAAUAAAAAAGAUCUAAAGAACAAUGAACAUUAUAAAAAAGCUACAGCUGAUUAUCAAGCAGUUAAUGCUAAAAAUACGGAUGUCAAACCGUAA